CACGUUCGGCAAAAUCGUCGUCGUUUUCACGGUUUUGUAUCCUCAGAUUUGUGGCUGUUGAUCAAUAAAAAGCUAAACAAUAGUUAUCGGCUGGCCCAUUCGGGUGCGCGUGUGAAUUAUGAGCGAAACCAUUAGCUGUACGCCGGAGAUUGCGACGUUCGAAGCGCCGCAACUCCAGUGCAACGAAGAUGGCUGGGGUCCUUGUGAACUGCCUGAUGCCUUCAAGGACAUUCCGUACCAACCGUUUAGCAAGAGCGACCGUCUCGGCAAGAUAAGCGAUUGGACGGGCACCGCGCAGACGGACAAGAAGUUUUCGAACAAGUACGUUUCGCAAUUCGGUGGAGGCAGCCAAUAUGCGUACUUCCACGAGGAGGAUGAAACGACAUUCCAUCUGGUGGACAGUGCGAGAAUUCAGAAACCGCCCCACCAGCGCGGUCGCUUCCGUGGCAAUAUGCGAAACAAUCGGUCGGGACGUGGACGUGGCGCUAGGGGUGGUGUGCAGGUCGGAGGCAUGACGACGCUGUCGAAAAGUGCGUCGAAGUUGCGUGAUCAGCGUCGUGGAACAACGCGCAAGUGGGGAAUGCGUGGUCCGCCGCCGAAGAUCCGUGACGCGUCGGUUACCGUUCGUCCGGACUGGGUGACAAUCGAGGAGAUGGAUUUCCCGCGGUUGACCAAACUGUCGCUACCGAGCGUGAAGGAGGGCGAGGACAUUAUGACUUGUGGUACGCUAGAGUACUAUGACAAGUCUUACGAUCGCGUGAAUGUGAAGACUGAGCGGCCGCUGCAGAGUGUGGACCGUAUUUUCCACACCGUCACGACAACCGACGAUCCGAUCAUCCGGCAGCUGUCGAAGUCGCACGGCAACGUGUACGCUACCGACGCGAUCCUCGCGACGAUCAUGUGCUGCACGCGCUCAAACUACUCGUGGGACAUUGUGAUCGAGAAGAUCGGCGAUAAGUUGUUCAUGGAUAAGCGCGACAACACCGAGUUUGAUCUGCUGACGGUGAAUGAGACGGCCAGCGAACCGCCGCAGGAGGACGGUAGCUCGCUGAAUUCGCCCCGGAACCUGGCGAUCGAGGCGACAUUCAUCAACCACAACUUUAGCCAGCAGGUGCUGAAGAGUGGUGAGAAGGAACCGAAGUAUAAGUUUGAGCACCCGAAUCCCUUCAUCGGAGAUGACGAGGACGGUGAGAUAGCGAGUGUUGCGUAUCGGUACCGAAAGUGGGACUUAAACAAUGGCAUCACGCUGGUGGCCCGAUGCGAGCACGACGGCGUGCUGAAAGUGCCGCACGGCGACACGCAAUUCCUUACGAUCAAGGCGCUCAACGAGUGGGAUUCGAAAAUUGCGAACGCCGUCGAGUGGCGCCAGAAGCUGGACACGCAGCGGGGUGCCAUUCUGGCGAACGAGCUGCGCAACAACUCGUGCAAGCUUGCCAAGUGGACGAUCCAGGCCUUGUUGGCCGGCUCCGAUCAGCUGAAGUUCGGAUACGUCUCCCGUGCGCACGUGCGCGACUCGUCGAAGCACGUCAUUCUUGGUACGCAGCAAUUCAAGCCGCACGAGUUCUCAAACCAGAUUAAUUUGAGUAUGGACAAUGCGUGGGGCAUCCUGCGAUGCAUCAUCGACAUUUGCAUGAAGCAGAAGGACGGCAAAUAUCUGAUCAUGAAGGAUCCGAACAAACCGAUGGUGCGGCUGUACGACAUCCCAGACAACACGUUUGAGUCGGACGGCGAGGAGGAAGAGGGUGACGAUGGUGAACCGUUCCAACCGAUGUACGGCUAUGUGCCCGCACCUGCAAACGCUCCCCCAUCUGAAGUAGCCAGCGCUCCAACUGCAACCACCAACAGCACCGCCUCCAUGGCCGUUAAGAAUGAGAAAAGCGACGCUUAGCAGAUAACUGAUACGCCGUCCUCUCUAUCAACGCAGUGCGUGGAUUAAUUUUUUCAUUCGAAUUGAGCUACAUUGGUGGAACAACCCAAGAGAAAUCACGUCAAGGGUCACAUCGUAUUCAAGCAUCUUAGACAUAGGAAGCAAUAGUGUCACGGUAGCGUUGCUAACGUAUCAAAUUUAAUAACAAUAAUAAUGGAAAUAAAAGAAAAACUCUCCCUGCCAGAACACCCAUGC